UCUCGACUUUUUGUUGUGUCUUCAUUCUAUGUGACUGGGCUCCCACUGGAUUGUUUCCACAGUUGCGACGAUGGUAGACAUUGAUGAUUUGAAACAGAAGUAUGAGGAGAUAUGCUCGGUGGAGAAGAGUAAAGACGAUAUCAUUCAGUGUCUCUUCUCUUGUGUUCAAUCUCUCCAUGACGAGCUACAAAAGGAGAAAGAUGGCGUCGACAAUGACAAGCGGCAUAUCGCCUUACUCAAUAAUGAAAAUAGAAGGAUUGAGACUGAGCUUAACUGUAUGCGUCGAGAGCAGGCUAGACUGAGUUAUGUUUCUGUGCUGGUUGAUGGCGACGGCAUGAAUUUUCGUGAACAAUACGUUCAGGGUGGGCAGAUAGGGGGCCAUGAAGCCGCUCGGAGAUUGAUUCAGGCUGUUGAAGCACACCUUCACGACGUUGACCCCGAAGCCCCCUCCAACAUCCGCUACAGGGUUUAUGUGUAUGCGAACGUGGAAGGCCUGACCAACGCCUAUCGUGACGCUGGUAUACUUCCUGCUAAUGAUAGCCUCACUCCAUUUAUCCACGGAUUCAACAAAGCAGAUGAGCUGUGUAACAUUGUGGACGCUGGAAACGGGAAGGAAUGCUCCGAUGUUAAACUACGAGCUCAUUUUGAGCAAAACAUCAUUGACAUCCACUGUCGGCGGAUUGUCUUUUGUGCCUCUGCAGACAACGGCUACGCGCGCAUCCUUGGCCCCCACCGCGGGUCGAAACACAUUUCGUUGGUCAAGGGACCACCAUUUGCACACGAGAUGAAGGAGUUAGCCGCCGACUUUGAAACCACCUCGUUUGAUGAAGUCUUCCUAUCAAACAAGCUUAAACCCACUAGGAGAGUGUCGUUCAGCUCUCAGGUCCAGCACACCCUCAUCACGCCGCCACAGACACCAACGCCCAACUAUGCGUCGGCGGCAAAAUUGACCCCUACGCCAUCACCCUCAACCAAUAGCACAAAGCCCCUAGCACCAAGGCCUCGUCGAGUCAAUCCGCCAGUAUGCGUGAAUGCAAGAGGCCAGCGGAUCGAUAGACCAGUCCAGUAUUCCUCGAAGGGGAAUGUCGAUUCCCUGAAGCGAAAGAAAAUGUGUAAUAAGUAUCACCUCCUAGGAUCAUGCCCAUUCGGUGAUAAGUGCACGCACAAACACGGCCCAGCUUUGAAACCACAGGAACUUACUGAUCUGGAAUAUCUGGCCCGGCUGUCCCCCUGCUACGAUGAUCUGUAUUGUCGGGAUGUGGACUGUAUCGCUGGACACCGCUGUCCGCGAGACAUCUGCUCUGGGCCCAACUGCAAGUUUCCCGAUAGUAUGCAUCUUGUUGACACGACUAUUGUGACGAAUGUUUAACGGUAUUGAAUGAAGAAUCAGUCCUAUGUGUUUCCAUGUUGUUUGGCUUUCAUGCUCCUUUUUUACUUGUUUGCUCUGAGUUGUUUCCUUUACUUGCUUUUAUUUAUGUGCUUUCAACAUUUUGACUCGACGCUAUUC